AUGGUCGGUCCAGGCGGCGGCCCACCACGCAAGAGCCACACCAAAUCCCGUAACGGCUGCAAAACAUGCAAGAGGAGACACAUUCGAUGUGAUGAGACCUUCCCGCAAUGCCGCAAUUGCACAAAGCACAACUGCCGCUGUGACUACCAGGAUACGGCUGCCACACAAGGUGGUAGCCCCCCCGCGCCACGCGGUCCCGACCUCCUCAUUUCACCAGAGAUCGAAAUGGAAAUAGAUAGUUGGCAUCGUACAGGUGUGCCUCCGUAUCCGGAGCUCCUGCAGUGCCCACGAUCUGGGUGGUCUGGCUUGUCGCGAAAUGAUUUACGCCUGAUUCACCAUAUAAUCGGGCUUUCGAUUGACUUGCAUCGUCGAGGGUUGAGUGGUUGCACUGUGUGGGCACAGAAGAUGCCUAAUUUCCUGGCUAUCUCGCUCGGGAACGACUUCGUUAUGAGCUCUAUCUUGAGCUUUUCGGCAUUUCACCUUGCUUUUCUUACGCGAGACCAGGAGACUAAGCAGCUGGCUUUCCGUCAUAGAGUCACGGCUCUCCACGGAUUGCAGACCGCUCUGGGCUCCUUCUCGAAGGAGAACUGCGAUGCAAUCCUCGCGGCUUCUGUUCUUUUAUCAUGGCAGGCCACAGACCAUCAAAGUUGGGCAUCUUUGCAGCACGGCAUCUCUAGCGUCCUAGAAUCCAUGCAUCCAUACUGGAAACAAGAGUCAGACAUUGCACAGUUGAUAGAAAACCAACGAGCACUGAGCACAACAGAUGGUCCAAUGGCUGGAGUCUACCAACCCCUCGACGAAGACAUGGUACAUCUAGACCAAACGAUCCAGGCCCUCCGAUUGACACGGAAACGCACUUCCCACAAUCUUGAGCACUCUCAACGCCUAGGAGAACUCAUCGAAUUCACCCAGAAAUUCCGUGAUGACUUCCCCAACCAAACAACCGAACAGUCAUUCGAAAGCAUCCAAACCCUCCGGCGCUGGCUCUUCUGGCUCCCACCCUCCAUGCUCCGAAGUAGCGAAUCAGAAAUCAGCGCCCUUCCAAUCCUAGCCCAAUUUUUCGCCGUCGGCAUCUCUCUCGACCGCUUCUUCCCAGAGCUAGGUGGCGCAUACCUAGGCGCCCUAUUCAUCGGUCCUAUCGAAGAGAUGUACCGUAUAAUAGCCACCCACAACGCCGCAGACCCCUUCAACACCGAGCUGCGUCUGGCCCUAGAACUCAUGGACCUGCCCCGCGGUAUUGUUGCCCGCUAUCGCGGCCGCGUACCCCUCUCCUGGUCUCCCCGCUCAUCAGUCGACCAAUACUCCCCCGGCCCGCCUAGCCCUUUCCACCAUAAUCUACACGAGUAUCCGCUCGUCGCCUCUUCCUCGCCCGCUUCCGCAUCACCUUCUUAUGCCGCUUAUACCCCGCCUCUGCAUUCCCCUCCUGCCGUCACUAUUGCCAACCCUGCCUUCCCCAUCCAAGAUGGCUAUGUACCCGCUACAUCCUCGCAUUCUCUAUAUCCGCCCUCCCCACAGCUCCUCGAUAACCACGACGUACACAUCGGUCUCUCGGAUCUGGGACAUGGCCAUGUCCAUCCGCAUCAUGCUUCCAUUUCUCAUUCCGCGGCUUACACCCCGCCGUAUGGUGAUGUGCUGUGCGCCGGUUUGCCGCGCGCGGAUGGCACACUUGGUCUCAACAUGGAGGUUUAUCCACAGACACAUCAGUUUGAAGUGCCGGGCUUGGCUACUCCCGCUUCACUUUGGACUUGA